AAGACAUGGCUUUAAGUAGCGGGGGGCGAUCCCUGCGCCGCCACACUCAAAGAUGGCGUCCACGUGCUUGGUUGCUGUGCUGCUGCUGUGCUGCGUGGUCGGGCUGCAGGCCGACGUCCUCGUCCCAGAGCACGUGGCGUUCUCCGUGGCUCUGAAAAGCGACUCGGAUGAAGCCGGUGACAUCGGACCUCUAACCACGGACACCAGGGUGGUCUUCAAGAGGGUGGUGACUAAUGUGGGUGGCGGCUACGACAGCGAGACAGGCAUCUUCACAGCCCCCGUAAAAGGUCUCUACUUCGUCACCUUUACCGGCGCCGCCGGGGAGACGGGGUCGCUGAACGCAGCGGUGCUGAAGGACGGCGUCAACAUGUUCGCCAUCUAUGACAACAAGAACCACCACAGCAGCGCCACCAACGGCAUGGCGAUAGUAUUGGAGGCGGGCGACAAGGUGUGGGUCACCUUGUGGGCCAACCAGAGGAUGUUUGACCAGGGCCGACUUAGCACUUUUAGUGGCUUCCUUAUCAGCCCCAUGUGAACGCCACCAUGUAACGAGACCUCGUCUUCUAAUUAAAAAGCUAUUACACUUUCA